AUGGCUGCCUUUGGAUUGCAUUUAGGCACAUGUUCUGCCUGCCUGGCUGUCUACAGGGAUGGCAAAACAAAUGUUGUGGCAAAUGACCUCGGUGACAGGGUCACUCCUGCUGUUGUGGCUUUUACUGAUCAUGAUAUAUCCGUUGGUGCUGCUGCCAAACAAGGCAUCAUCCGCAAUGCUUCAAAUACAGUAUGCCACGUGAAACGUCUUGUGGGUUGCCGUAUGGACGACCCUCAAGUGAAACAGUAUAAAGAAACUUCAAAUGUCAUUGUUGCAAAUGAAAGUGGUAUACCUGUGUUUGAGGUUGAUCAUAAAGGAAAAACUGUCAGAUACACACCCAGUCAUAUUAUGGAGCUUAUAUACAAGAAAAUGCUAGAAACUGCUCAGAGCCAUGGGGGUGCUGGGAUAAAGGACACUGUUAUAGCAGUGCCCCCAGAGUUCAGUGCCACUCGGAGACAUUUAAUCAGUGAAGCAGCCACAAAAGCGGGAUUCAACAUCUUGAGGGUUGUCAAUGAACCAUCUGCUGCCUUGCUUGCAUUUGAUGUUGGCCAGCUGGAUCAAACAGAGCAUUUCAAAGCGCUAGUGUACCGUCUGGGUGGGACUUCCCAUGAGGCCACAGUGUUGGAGGUUCAGCAUGGGAUGUACAGAAUAGUGGCUAAUGUAGCAGACUCACAGUUUGGUGGAGAUAAGUUCACGGAUGUCUUGCAGGACUUCCUCAUUUCAGAGUUCAAUAGGCAGUUCCGGUGUAACAUGAGGGAAAAUAAAAGGUCGGUCACUAAGCUCAGCCUGGCUGCAGAGCGCUGCAAGCACGCUCUCUCAACACUGAUUCACACAGAGUGUGCUGUGGACUCCUUGUUUGAUGGUUGUGACUUCCAUUACACCAUGUCUAGGGCCAGAUUUGAAAGUUUGUGUCUACCGCUGAUGGUCAGAUGCACAAGUCUAAUUGAACAGGUUCUCCAGAAGGCAGGAUGCGGCAAGGAGGACAUUGCUAAGGUGGUUAUCUGUGGUGGAGGAGCUAAGCCGCCUAUCGUCAAGAAGGCUAUUGGGGACUUUCUGUCUUCAUCAUCCUUCAUUAACAGUAUACCAGAAGAUGAGAUCAUUGCUAUUGGAGCAGCAAAAGAGGCUGCCAUACUUGUGGGUAGUAGCGUAUCAGAGAAUGCUGGCACUCAAAAACAGCCACUGAAUACCAGCUUCAAGAUUUUACCAAAGUCUGUCUGUAUAAAGGUGUCUAAAGAUGAGCUGGAAGUAGUCCUCCCACAGUACAGUCUGGCACCAACACGACGGCAACACACUUUAACUCUUUCCUCAUCUCAGACAUCCAUAGUCAUGGAGAUCUACCAGGCGGAUGAUCCUGCAGACAUGGAGUCUGCUAGUCUGGUUGCUAAGAUGGUUUUGAAAGACUUACCUCCUGGAUCAACUGUGAAGUCGAAUUUCCACUUGAGAAGGGAGGGAGACCUUCAUGUGACGUGCAAUGAAGUUACAUCUGACAAGUGCGAGAGCGUGAUCAUCCCCUGCCACUGA